CGCCGAUCCAGGGCCGGUCCGACCAGGCCCUCACUCACUCACUCAGCAAAUUGUACGACCAUGACUGUACUACUCUCACGCUAGUAGGUCAUUCAUUGCCUUUUACAAAAUAUGCUGCAGGAACAGGGUUAAAAUAAAACCCUCGCGGUGCGUCACGGGCUGUGGUAGGAUCUAGAUCCAUCAUCCCCCUCUCCGCUCUUCAGUUUUGUCUCCUUCGUCUUCCCUCAGCCAGGCCCGACGACAUCGUAGUUCACAUAUCUCCAAGCGAUACUCAAGAGCUCCUUGGUAUAUAUACAUACACCACCUUGCUUGAGGUGGUACUGAGCUCUUUGCGGGGACCAUUGGGCGAGAGGGAGGACAGGCUACACACGACCGAAACCGCCAUGACCAAACUCAAACACCAUGCGGACCACUCCGAGUCCGAGAGCAAGCGUCAGGAAGCCGCCACGGCCGGGGUCGAGGCCGGCUUACCCGGAUACCCGGCCUACGACUCUUCAUCCAUGACCAACGGCAACGGCAACGGCAACGGGCUGGGUGAGGUGGUGGUGGUAUGCCCGCCGCACACGACAGAACGCAAAAUCACGACCAAGAUUGACGUGCACAUCAUACCCUUUGUGAUUGUGCUGUACCUGCUGGCCUUCCUGGACCGCGUCAACAUUGCCAACGCCCGCGCUUUCGGGCUCGAGGCCGACCUCGGCAUGGGCGGCGUCGAGUACAACACGGCCCUGACCAUCUUUUUUGUGCCCUACAUCCUGUGCGAGAUCCCGUCAAACCUGCUGCUGAAGCGCUUCUCGCCCCGCGUGUGGUUGUCGGUGUGCUGUCUGGGGUUUGGGCUGGUGACGGUCCUCCAGGGAUUCGUGCAGAACUAUUCGGGAAUUCUGGCGACGAGGUUCUUUUUGGGCUUGUUUGAAUGCGGCAUGUUCCCUGGCUGCUUUUACCUCCUGAGCACAUGGUACCGGCGACACGAGGCGCAGAAACGCUUCUCCCUCUUCUUCUCGUCCACGUCGCUGGCGGGCGCCUUUGGCGGGCUCUUGGCCUCGGCCAUUGGCAAGAUGGACUACAUGCAGGGCUACCGCGGGUGGCGCUGGAUCUUUAUCCUCGAAGGGUGUGUCACCGUGCUCAUUGGAGUGGUGUUUCUGUUCACCUUUCCUUCCUUCCCCGAACAAGCGACCUGGCUACCCCCAGACGAGCGCGAGUUCGUCAAGGCGCGGCUGCGCGCCGACCAGGGCAACAGCGGGGCAGAGCGGCCCAUCACGCUGCGCGACGUGCGCACCGUCAUGGCCGACUACCGCAUCUGGCUGGGCGGCUUCAUGUACUUUGGGCUGAUCGUGCCGGCCUACUCGUACGCCUAUUUCUCGCCCACCAUCAUUCAGAGCUACAAGUACGACCCGAUCCAGACGCAGCUGCGCUCCGUCCCGCCCUGGGCCGUGGCGUUUGGCUUUGCCAUGAUCGUCGCCACUCUGUCCGACUGGCUCCAGCACCGUUUUCUCUUUAUCGUCGGCGCCGUCCUGGUCUCCAUCUCGGGAUUCGCCGUGCUGCUAAGCGUGCACGAUAACCUGCCCGUGCAGUACGCCGCGCUGUUCCUCAUCUGCAUGGGCACUUACUCGGCUAUGCCUGUUGUAGUGUGCUGGUUCAAUAUGAAUCUGGGAGGACACCAUCGGCGUGCGGUGGGGAGUGCGUGGCAGAUUGGUUUCGGAAACAUUGGCGGCAUCAUCUCCACCUACUCCUUCGUGACGUCUGAUGCCCCCUUCUUCAAGAAGGGCUACGCCAUUUGCGUCUCCUUCAUCUGCCUCAGUCUGGUCUCCUGCGCCGCCUAUGCCUUUUCCAUCAUGACGGAGAAUAGGAAGCGCCGUCGGCAGCCGCGGGAUCUCAACCUGACGGAACAUGAGAAGACGGAACUGGGGGAUCUCAACCCGGAGUUUAGGUACAUGCUUUGAGUGUGUGGGUGGCUCUUGGUGGAAAAACAGUGCUCUGGCGGCUGUGAUCGUUGUAUCGUACAAGAGCCCGUACUAUAGAAAAGCUCUAUGGACUCCUAGAGGGACAUCUAGCUCUCCGGCUUGUAAUGCAUGAAUCAGGGUGAUUACGGACGAUACACCUGCAAGUCGUCAAUCGCUGUGUUUCCACUGAUCAAGAUCGUUAACGUUCGGCUAUUCGGUCCUCUUGAUAACGUACUAGAAUAAAACGCGCCGUUGCUUCGGUCUAAUACCUCCAAUAUGAUAAUGCUGCUGAUCGUUUUUGUGCAAUCAGCGGGUUUGCGGG